AUGCGAUCAGACGGACGGCAAGACGACUCCCUGCGACCGCUGCAGGUGCGCUUGGGCGAGCUUUCUCGCGCGGACGGCAGUGGACGGUUCAGCUUUGGCCCCUCCGCCGCCCUCGCCUCCUUCACUGGCCCUACCGAGAUCCGCCUCCGCGAAGAGCAGCUCUCGCAAGCGACGCUGGAGCUCGUCCACCGACCUCUCGAGGGCGUCGCAGGGGUGCAGUCUCGUGCGCUCGAGGAUUCGCUCAGUGCAGUCUUUGAGCCGCUGCUGAACCUCCGCGCGUUCCCGCGCUCGCUGUGCCAGAUCGUGGUCCAGGGGCUGGCGCCUGCGCCGGCCGCGUACCCCAGUUCGUCGCCGUUCGGCGCGCCGUCGCAGCGCAACGGGUGGCCGCGGGAUAGCAAUGCCGAAGCCGACGAGGACGAGGAUAUGGACGGAGAGACGAAGGAGGAGGAGGUAGCAAGUCCUCUGGCAGGAUACAGUUUCUCUGCCCGCGCAGCGGCGCUCAAUGCCGCGUCCCUGGCCACGCUGCACGCCGGAAGCGUCGGUCUCAGGGCGUUCCCGAUCGCCGUGUCGCUCGCUCUCAACACAGACGGAGACCUGCUCGUCGACCCGACGCUGGACGAGGAGACUGGCGCGCAGGCCCGGUUUGGGUUUGGAUGGGCCUUUGGCGCUGGUAUCUCGUCCAAGAAGGACGACGCCGAUGAGGAGGCCGAGCUCGUCUGGGCCGAGGCGGAGGGAGAUUUCUCGAAACAGGAGUUUGACGCCGCCCGCGACCUCAGUCGGCGGAAGGCUGAGGAGGUGCUCGAUUUCGUCAAGGAGAAGGUCGGGGAGUACUUUGAGCAGUAG